UCCGCAUACAGGGAAUUUUCCCGCGCAAAGUGUAAUAACUGACAAGUCUGUGAGCCAAUCGCGACACUAGUUCUAGGAACACUAAGUUUUUCCAUAACUGACCGUGUACAGACUGGACUCUAGUGGUAAUAAAAAUGGCGGACGCUUUAGGGGCAAAAGUCGAAUGCGGGGGAAAUGACGACGAUAUGUUUUUACGUAUUGUUAACAGUGGAGUUACUGUCAAAAGUCAACAACGGGACGAGCCGGACUUAUCUUCUGAACAAAAAAUUAAGAUCCUUGAAGAAAUAAAGAAAACAAAUCCUGCGUCCUUUCUGAUGCGUUUUGGACAGUCCCUUGUUACCAAAGACUUGGAAUAUUUCGAAUCGCUCUACAAACAAAACACACUGACAAACUACGAAAUUGGCUUUAGACUCAAAGAAAUAAAGAAGCAUCUUGACCAACAGAAGCACCACGUUGAAGUUCAGAAUAGACGUUACAAGGCGAUGCAAAGGCUUAUAAACGAUUCCACUUUCUUCAGUGAAGAAGAAAUGAGAAAAAGAAAUCCACUCUUGUAUGAGCAAUAUAUUGGACAAUAUCUUACCGAAGAGGAGAAGCUAGAGCGAGAUAUAGCGGAACGAGAAGGUGAACCGUCGCUAUCACAACUGAUGUUUAGUAAGUAUGACGCGGAAAAGACCCAGUGGAUUUAUAACUACCAGAGAGAACAAGAACGAGAAAUGGAAGAGGAAGAGGAAGACUCCGAGGAAGAAAUGGAGGAAGACAGCCAAGAUAAACCUGGAAACCCAUUCAAAGGUACACCUACAGAGGAAGAAAAAGAAAUGCUAAGAAAUGAAUUUUUCUAUGAAAUGCAGGAGAAGUUCCUGUUAGGAAAAGAAGAAGAAUUUGAUUACAGCACUGUGGACAUGAAUGAUGAAUACGAUGAUUUGAAACUUAGAGAACAGGACGAGGAAGAGAGAUACUUUGAUGAUGAUGAUGAUGAUGGUGAUGACAGUGAUUGUUUGAUACGGAGUAGUAAUGAUUCUGAUAGUAAGAGCACUGCAGAGGUGUGUACAGAGUCAAGACUGGGUGAUGAUUGUGAUGAAAAAAAUUAUCACAUUUAGAAUAAUAAUAAUAAGAUAUGAAAUGUAUAGAAGCACAACCUUUAGGUGAUAUAUGUUCCUAUCUGAUUACAAGCAAGAUAGGAAUACAAAUACGUUUAACACUUCAAAAACAUUGAAAUAAUUUUUUUGUGUGGCUGCUGGUGGAGUUUAAGGUCAAUAAGAAUGGUGGUAGAACAGAACUUGAAUUAAGAGAUUGUAAACUUUAAAAGAAACAAUAUUGGAACAGAAUUGAUCUUGUGUCACAAAACA